AUGACUACUAAUGAUGUCAUUAAAUCUUAUUAUGAUACGUUACUAGAUAAACAAUCUAUAAAUUCAUGGCUUCCAUUACCACAUCCAUGUGUAUUCACUUCAAAUUGGUCAUCACUUCAUUUUGAUUUAAUUAAACAUUAUCCAUUAUCUUGUUCACAUUUAAAACAUACAUCUGAAUCAAAUUCCACAUUAGCAUUGAAAGAAUCUUGUUUAAAUAUUCAUAAACUAGGAUCUAUGACGAAUGAAUCCACUUUAAACAAUGAUCAUUAUAUAGAAGUGAAUGAAGAUUGUGAAACAGAUUCAAAUAUGAAUCAGAAUGAAAACAGUACAAAUGAACAUCUUAAUAAAGAAUAUGAUACUCUACCAGAAAUAAAGAAAUCAAUAUUAACAACUAAUAAAGGAAUAACAAAUAAUUAUAUAACAAUAAAAAAAUUUACAAUUCGUGAAACAACAAAUUUAUUAAAAACUUGGUUAAAUAAUCAUCGUCAUAAUCCAUAUCCAACAAAAAAUGAAAAAAUUAAAUUAUCUAUUAUAACUAAUUUAAGUUUAACACAAAUUUCAACAUGGUUUGCUAAUGCUAGAAGAAGAUUAAAAAAAGAAAAUCAAAUGACAUGGAUACCGAAAAUACGUCAUCAUAGGAUAGUAACUAAUUCUAUUCAUCUAAAUAAUAAUAAUAAUAAUAAUAAUAAUAAUAAUAUACCGAUUUGUCAAAAACAGGGUGGUGAUAAUAAUAAAUGUCAUCCUCAUCAUCAUCACAACAAUCAUCAUCACCACCACCACCAUUAUCAUCAUCAUCCUUUUCAUUUGACAUCCUUAAAAAAUCAAUUAAUUUUGAAAUAUUUUCUAAAUAAAACAACCCAGCAACAAGAACAACAACAACAAGAAGUAGAACAACAACAACAACAAGAAGUAGAAGAACAACAACAACAAGAACCAACACCUCCACCACCACCACAACCACAACAACAAUGCUUACAAUUCAAAGACAAUUUAAAUAAUGAUAAUGAUGAUAAUGAUGAUCAGAUCAAUUUAUCUAAUGAGAAUUCUAUAAUCAAUAAUGAUCAUAGUAACAAUUAUUAUGAUUUAUGGUAUAAUAAUUAUAAUACUAAAUUAAUUCAUAUGAUAAAUCAAUUAAAUUGUGAAAAUAUUGAUCAAUAUCCAUUAUUAUAUGAAUCAAUAUCUAAAUUCACUACAAAUAAUAAUAAUGAUAAUAAUAGAAUAAUACGAGAUGAUCAAACAUCACAAUUAUGUAAUACUUCAUCAAAAAUUUGGUCAGUUGCUGAUGUAAUCGAUGUAUAAAUAAAUCAUAGAAGAGUAUUGAUGUAAUGAAUAAUGCUCUCUUUUCUUUUUUUUUGUUUUUUUUCUUGUUACUUCUGUAUCUGGGAGAGUUUGAUUACGUAAUUUUACUUAAAAUCAUGCAAUGCAUAAUCAUACUGUCAAUUGUAUUACAUUUUAUUAUUGAUUCAAUCUGGACAAUGUAGUUACAUAAUCAAAUCGAUUAUUGAUUAUGAUGUAACAUUUACUUUCAUUAGUGAUAUAUUUAAUAAUAGAUGAAAUAUUUGUUAUAGAAUGGUGAAGAGAAACGCUGAUGAUGACAAUAAAAAGAACAUAAUUUGUAAUAGUAAACUUACAAUUGUAACUAUAUGAAUAGAUUGUAUACUUACUUAGUUAUUUAUUUACCGUGUUGCUUACUUACUUACUCACAUACUUUCUUACUCAAUUACUUACUUACUUACUUACUCAUUUACUUACCUACUUACUUACUUACUUACUUACU